GAGCUAUGGGGCGCCAAUCUUCCCACGCCCGGCUGAGAGGUUCGAUUCGCCACCCGCGAUAUCGACCCUGGAGCAGCAAGUGGUCGACAAGCUGCGCAAGGACGGUUAUCUGUUGUCACUCUUGAAGCGCUCGCUCCGGAAGGAUGUAGAAGAGCAGCUUCACCUUGCCCGCCGAGAGAUGGAGGUGCUCUUUUCGCGCGAGCUGAGGGCUCUGCGCGACUUCACCAACGCCGAGGUCCAGAUACUUUCUUCCGAGAUGAAAGAGCUACGGCGAGAACGUCGGGAGCACACUGCAGAGGCUCUGUCGAAGCUGUGUACCGACAUGGAAGUGCUCACGAAGGACUGCGUUUCCCAACAGAGCCUGAAAGCCGCACUGGGGGAGGUGCAGCAGGAGAUGGCCGAGCUGCUGCAGCAAGGCCGGCUACGCGAUGGCCAGGCUUCUCGGGAGGAGUUUGGCAAGGAGCUGGCUGAAUUGAGGAGGAAGCUACAG